AAUCGAUAGUGCCGGCACAAGCCAAUCGAUUACUUGUCUGCAAUUUAAUUAAUUUUUGUGUUUGGUUUUUGUUUUGCCCAUCAUCAAUUUACCAUUGCGAAUUCAAUUGAUUUGUGUUAUUAAUGGUGCUUUGCGGAGAAGCUGGCACCCACAUGUUGCCCCACAGCAGCGACAAAGGCGACCGAUAUGCAAAACUCUCGUUCCUGGGCGAGGGUCAGUUUGCCAUUGUGUACAAGGCCCGGGACACGGUGACCAGCCAGAUUGUGGCCGUGAAGAAGAUCAAGCGUGGCAGCCGCGAAGAUGCCCGCGAUGGCAUCAAUCGAACCGCCUUGCGCGAAAUCAAAAUUCUGCAGGAACUGCAGCAUGAGAACAUCAUCGGGCUGGUGGAUGUGUUCGGGCAGCUGUCGAACGUGUCGCUGGUGUUCGACUUCAUGGACACCGACCUGGAGGUGAUCAUCAAGGACACCAAAAUCAUACUCACGCAGGCGAACAUCAAGGCGUACGCGAUCAUGACGCUGCGCGGCCUGGAGUACCUGCACCUCCACUGGAUCCUGCAUCGCGAUCUGAAGCCCAACAACCUGUUGGUCAAUAGCGACGGGGUGCUCAAGAUCGGCGAUUUCGGCCUGGCCAAGACAUACGGGUCGCCAAAUCGGAUCUACACGCAUCACGUGGUCACUCGCUGGUAUCGGUCGCCCGAGCUGCUCUUUGGCGCCCGGCAGUACGGCACUGGCGUGGACAUGUGGGCCGUCGGCUGCAUUCUGGCCGAGCUCAUGCUGCGCGUGCCUUUCAUACCCGGCGACUCGGAUCUGGAUCAGCUGACCCGCAUCUUCGCCACCCUCGGAACGCCCUCGGAGGCCGAGUGGCCGUACCUGGGGAAGCUGCACGACUAUCUACAGUUCCGCCACUUCACGGGCACCCCGUUGCAGAACAUAUUCACUGCCGCCGACAAUGACCUCAUUCACCUAAUGCGCCGCCUCUUCGCCAUGAAUCCGCUGCGACGCGUCUCCUGCCGCGAGGCCCUCAGCAUGCCCUACUUUGGCAACAAGCCGCCGCCCACCGUCGGUCCGAAGCUGCCCCUGCCCUCGGCCAUUGUGGCGGCCAAUGCAAAGGCCGACGAGAAGCCCGGCCAAGCGGUCAAGCGGAAGCUGGUGGAGACCACCGUUCGCGGCAACAGCCUGCCACAGAAGAAGCGGCUGCAGUUCUGAGCUUC